AUGUACGCGGUUAGCUACCCAAACUCCGGCGGGCAGGACCGAACUCCGAGGUGAGGACCGUGAGGUCACUUGAGUUGUUCAUUAGCUUGAAUGAACUGUCUUCCUCUUGAACAUUUCCAGGCCGAUCAUCAUCCCCCUUUUAAUCUGCAUCACCAUCCCCGCUUCCGCCCUGCACGGUGGCGCGUGAAGAAUCUUCGCUGCAGUUCAAGUAAAUGAUGUAAGCGAAAGUUAAGGGCGGGAGAUGGGGCAGAAAUUGAGCUGUGGGGAGACCCUUGAACACGGGUUCCUCACUGCAGUUCAAAAUGGAGAGCUUGAAACAGUUGAAGCAAUGCUCGUUGAGGACCCAAGUGCUCUAUUGAAGUUUACCGCUGCUCGUGGUCAUGGAAAGCUCUCUGCUUUGCAUGUGGCCGCUGGCAAUGGGCAGACCGAGGUUCUCUGUAUGCUUUUGGAUAAGGGGUUAAAUCCAGACAUCUUGAAUCACCACAAACAGACCCCAUUGAUGGUAGCUUCUAUCCAUGGAAAAGUUUCAUGUUUGGAGAGGCUAAUCGAGGCAGGAGCUAAUAUUCUAAUGUUUGAUUCACUACAUGGGAGGACGUGCUUGCAUCAUGCUGCGUACUAUGGCCACUCAGAGUGCAUUAGUUCUAUCCUCUCUGCUGCCCAAUCUACCCAUGUUGCACAGUCCUGGGGGUUUGCAAGAUAUGUAAACACAAGGGAUGGGCGUGGUGCAACCUCACUACAUUUGGCCGCACGAUACCGGAGGCCAGAAUGCGUACGUAUUUUAGUAAACAAUGAAGCUCUGGUGUGUGCUUCAACUGGCGCAUACGGAUAUCCAGGAUGUGCACCUCUUCAUUUGGCAGCUAGGGCUGGUUCCUUGGAUUGUGUUCGAGAAUUACUUGCUUGGGGUGCUGAUAGACUUCAGAGAGAUGCCUCAGGGAAAGUGCCUUACAUGAUUGCAGUGAAGCACAGGCAUGAAGCAUGCGCUGCUUUACUCAAUCCUUCAUCUCCUGAGCCAUUGGCGUGGCCUUCACCCCUGAAAUUCAUGACUGAUCUUGAUGCUGAAGCAAAAUGGUUAUUAGAAACGGCCUUGAUUGAUGCCAAUAAGAAAAGAGAGAAGAAACUAUUGAAGGAGACGGGCUAUACUACUUCACCUUUGCAUUCUUAUUCAGGCAAUGAGGACUUUGAGGCGAGUGAUUUCGACCUAUGCUGCAUAUGCUUUGAGCAGGCGUGUACUAUAGAGAUACAAAAAUGUGGGCACCAGAUGUGUGCACAUUGUACACUAGCCUUAUGUUGCCACAACAAAUCUAACCCAACCGGUAAGAGUGACAACAUACUCCCAUGCCCCUUUUGCCGGAGCAGCAUCACCCAAUUAGUCAUUGCCAAGAACAAGACCGAGAGCAAAUUAGAAGAAUUGAGCCCAUCUAGGUCCAGAAUGCCAAGAACAUCAUUCAACCUAGCUGAAGAUGGCAGCAGCAGUAAUAAUGCCUUCAAGGUUUUGUCACCCUUAGCCUCAUUUGCAAAGCUUGGUGGUCGCAAUUCAGGCAUGUACACAUCUGAUUGCAUUGAGGGCUUUUAUAAGCCAUAACAUCUUUGUCAACUAUUGAUAUAUAUAUAUAUAUAUAUAUAUAUAUAUAUAUAUAUAGGGUGCAAUUUUAAUGAGAACAAUGCUUAAGAUGAAAAGAACACACGCGUUUAAUACAAUUUGAUGUACAUUAAUGUUCAAAAUGUUGCAUAUUAUUCUGCAGUGAAAUAAACGGUUGCAUAUUAACAUUCAAAUGUUGCAUUCGGAAAAUUUUGAUUUAUUUACCAAAAUGUACUGUGUAUUUGCAGCACUUUGAACGUUAUUAUGCACCUGCGUAUUUCAUUGCAGAGUAAUAUGCAACUUUUUGAAUGUUAAUAUCUCAUGCAAAUAGUAUAAUGAUGCAUCGUGCAUAUAUUUGCACAAUAAACACUGUUUGUACCCGAUCUGCCCCUAUAUAUGUUAUAUAUAUAUAUAUAUACCGGAUGCUUCUAACAAUUAUUAUAUAUCUCCAUCUUUGGGGAGAUGUAUUAUUUGACUCAGUGGAAGCUUGCCUAUUAAUAUAUACUCCUGUACGAAGUAUGUAUUACAUUUUCUUCAAAAAAUUACAAAUUAUGUGAGGUUAUAUGGUUCAAGUUUCACGUUUAAUACCUUGGACGCUUU